GGCCCCUUGCUGGCGGGGUUCAUCUUCAUGUGCAGCGGCGCGACGAAGCCCGAUUGCUAUCGGCACCGGGUGCUGGGCCUGCCUCAGGGCAGGCUGGAGGCCGUCUCCCAGAUCCGUAGCGGCACGGUGGUCUUCCUCUACGACUUCGACGCCAGGCAUCUCCACGGGCCCUACCACGUCGACUCCGACGGCGGGCUCGACCUCGUCCCAGCCGCAUUCCACGGCGGCUUCCCCGCCCAAGUGGGUAACCGCAUUGUGCCUGCCACAAAGCCGUGAGCUUUUUGGUGAUCCAUGGCAAGAAAUGGCCAAAUGGGGUGGGCUUUUAGAGUAGUGGUACUCUUUUGUGCUGGUUGGUACGGUUAGAAUCUUUUGUUAUCAGUGGCUUCAGAGUAAUCACCAGU